CCGGUAGGUCAUGGAUCCGUUGGAUCUGGUGGUAACUCAUUCCUCUGCUUUGUGCACGUGCCCACGUGACUCAUGCUAAUGGCCUCCUUUUGCUCCAAACCCAAGCGGUUGUUACGCGAUUGGGAUCACGCAAGAAGUUUUUGAAGUGUCUGUUUGGCAACUAGUUUUAGCGCCGAAGCAAAAUCUCAGCCGUUACAGAACUUUCGCGAUGGAGGCUUGGGUUCCGCUAUUCGACAUUUUUAUGAACUCCCCAUCGCCGGAGUUCGAAGCUUCUCUCUGGUUACAACAAUCUUUCAACGCCUCGUCUGCCACCACCAUCACCACCGGCUCUUUCCUUUCGCUGCUCACAAAACCCUGCGACGCCGUCGUCUCCGACUCAUCUUCUCCUUCCACGAAAAGGGUUAUGUGGGUGCAAACUCUGCCCAAUGUGGUUCAGUCUCGCAUUCUGUCGUUUCUUGCUUUGGAGAAACAAAGAUUCUGCUCUCGGGAUUUGUCUAGGCUUGCUCGGAAUGUUUUGAGUGGGGACGGAGAGGUUGAGUUUUGGGUGAAGAGAGGUGCACGGAAUCUGCUUGAUCAAGUGUCUGAAUCGAGCUAUGAGUGGAUUUCUAGUUUGGGUUUGGACUCUGGUGGAGAAAGAGUGAAUGAGGAGUUCGAGGCGAUGCCGGAUUGGCUCAAGGAUACUGUGGGUGAUAGUGAUUUGCUUCUUCCAUGGCUUCCCAUAUCGCCUGAUGAGUUGAAUUCGGGAACACAUUUUGUUUGUUGCGGGGAUGAUUUGGAUGAAUUGGUGGUCGAUACUGGGGAUGGAGAAGAAAGGGUGGAUGUAGUGAUAGAGGAAAUUGAAAUUGUUCAAUCCAAAAAUGCUCCUUUGGAUGCUGAAGUUCAAAAUACGGCAGCUGGUUUGAAAGCCCAAAUUUUAACCUUUGAAUCUAGUUCCAAAACUGGAGGCUUGGCUGUUCAAAUUCAUGAACUCUGCUUGCAGAGAGGAGGCGACUCCUUUGCAAUUCUGGGUCUUAUUGAACCUUGGAAAGCCGAUGAUGAGGCUGCUUCAGUUUUAAUUUCUCAUCUUUCAGAUGGAAGUGAAGAAGAACUUGGUUGGCCCAGCCAAGUUGUCUGCUCAAUUAUACUUCCCAAAUUGUUAGUUCUAGAGGAACCCGCUUCUCGUGUGUUGGUGACUGCAACAAUAGAGUACUGCAAGCUCCAUCAGAGGGCUGCUGUGUAUGGACUCUUGUUUCCUCUACUUCUCCGAAGAGGAGGUAUCAACAACCCUAUUUGUGAUGUGGUUGUGAGGAUUAUCAAGGAAUGCCUACACCCAGCUCAUGUUUCUGCCUUUUUCCAGAAGCUACUAUGUGAAGAAGAGCAUGUGAGGAGUUUCAUUUGCCUUCCUUGCCAUCAGUAUCUAAUAUCCAAUGAAUUGGUCUAUCCUUGCUUAUCUUGUCUAUUUCGUAGACAAUCAACUAGAACUAAAUUCAGACCAACAUAUCUGCAUGCUGCUAUAUGAAGAAAAAAAUCUUCCUGCUUUUAUGGGUAUGUCUAACAAUUCCUUCAUCUCUUUUUAUUCAAAAUACAUCCCUGCUAAGCAUUGAUUACUUUUAAAUGAUGCAAGCUAAGUAAUAUGUUACUAGCCAUUUGGAUGGGUCCAAUCUCACCGUCCAUGAUUAACAAUAUUAUGUAGUGGUCUACUACUACUUUAUAUGCAGGGAAGCUUUAGAUGGUUUUAUAUAUCUCACUUUCCAUAAUUAACAAUAACUAUGCAGACCACUACCACUACUUUAUAUGCAGGGAAGCUUUAGAUGGUUUUAUAUAUCUCACUUUCCAUAAUUAACAAUAACUAUGCAGACCACUACCACUACUUUAUAUGCCGGGCAGCUUUAGAUAGUUUUAUACACCUCAUGACAAUAGGGCAUGCCCCUGGGCCAUAAAAUGUUGCUUUUCAGAGUAUGAAACUACAGAACAUAAUAUGUAUAGGCCACAGUCCAUGGAAAUAAGCCUCUGAUUUUACAUAUGUGGGGAAGACUUGAAUUUGCAUUUGAUUUGUUGGAUGCUGAGAACUUUGUAAUACCUAAAGGACCAAAAUUAGAAUGAUCUAGUGACCUUUAUGGCUUAUAUUGGUCCACUAGGUCAAUUUUGGUCUAAUAGUUGUAAUAAUUGAUUAGUAUCGUAUUUAGCCAUGAUUCAAUAUUCAGAACAAGGGAUUCUGCUUACUUUCCUUUAUUGGUUUGAUAGAUUUGGGAUGCAAUAUUGAGUUAGGGGCUGAUAACUGCUUGACUAGGACUCUGGCACGGUAUCAAUAUUGUGUUAUUCAAUGGUGCACUGGAGAAACGGGACUAAUGGAAGAAACAACAGCCACUAUCUUCUCUUGGAAUUUGAAAAUACAACACUAAUAGAACAAAAGGUACAAAAUAGUAAAUAGGAAAUACAUAUAGUUUUCUUUAAAAGCUUCUUCUAUGCAUGAAGACUGUGAUGCCCAAUUGCCAUGUUCUUCAUUGAUUCAAAUCUGGGGCCCUUGUCUGCGAACUUUGUUGUGGCAUAAAGCUUCAGGUAAUCUUGAAAACGGAAGUGAUCUGGAUAUAAGAGCUUGGGAGCUGGUGAAAUGAUGGCAUCACCGGAAGGGUUAUAGAAGG